GAUUAUUAUUUCUAAUCUCUAUUUAGAAUUUAUUGAACAAAAUUGCAAUGAAGCCAAGCUAUACAGACAUUAAGGAUGAGGAGCAGCAUCAGAUGAUUGAACAAUGUCUGAAGUUGCUGGUGUCUGCAGGCUAUUUCCGAGCUGGUGUAGCUGGACUCCCACCAUUUGAUAAGAUUGUGGGAGGAAUGACCUGGUGUGUUGAGAAUUGCUGUAUUGAUCUGGACUUGGACCUGAUGUACAAUGACAGCCUGACUAUAGGCCAGAAAAUAGGCCUGACAGAGCACCUUGUGUCAGUGCUGCUGGUGCUGCAAUGUCCACACCUCCUGCAGCCUCACCAGAUACAAGGACUUGACGCUGCACAUCUUCUGCCCGUCAUUCAGUGGUUGGUGAGAGCAGCUCUGGCCAACAGGGCUCAGCACAGCUCACUGGCCCAAAAAGUGGCUGCCAUACACGCGCCUUCAAGGCUAUCUCCUCCUCCUGCUGCUGCUGCUGCUGCUUACACUGAACCUUCACCACAGCUAAUCAGACUCAUGAGUGAAGUCCAUUGCGCACACAGCUGUGUUCGUCGGUGGCGGUUGAGCACAGACCCCAGUAGCGGCGCCACGCCCGAGCAGCAGCAGGAGGAGGCAGCCUACAACACCAUGCUUGAGUACAGCCCCCAGCCUCCGGCCCAUCAUACCAACACCAAUCAACCCAUACUGGUGGUUGCCGCCUCAGCGCCGCUACUGGCCGCUGCUGCUCACGGCGCCCCUCUUUUGUCAUCAGCGAUACUGCGCGACAAAGGAGGUCUAGAGCGGCGUGUGGUGGCGUUGGAGGCGCGACUUGGAGCACUGGAGCUGCAGGCUCAGGAGGUGCAGGAGCGACGGUCACAACUCAGUGGCCACAUCAAGGAGGCUUCAGACGCUCUCGACGCUGCUAGGGCACACCUCAACAACAUCGAAUCAUCACACCAAAAGGAGAGCGUGCAGGAGCUGAAGAGACUCGUGGAGGAGGCUGAGGCUCUCAAGAAGUCGCGUCACAAACUCAAGAAGCAACAGCAGCAGCAGGCCGCGGCGCUAGAGCAGGAACUGGCUUCCCUGCAGGAGGCAGCGAGCACCGCCACUCCGUCAGAGAAGCUCAUGGCGGCACGGCAGCGCGUCGAGCAGGAGCGUCUGCGCCACGGUCGCGCCAGGGCCGCCGCAGCCGCCGCCAGGCAGCGUCUGUUUAGGCUCCAGUACGCGUGGGACGACGUGCCUGGCAGGGCCGAACUAGCGCAGUACAGGCACAGGCUGGCCGAGCUCACGCACCUCAUGGCGGCGAGUGAAGGCGAGACGCGCAAGUUUGGCUCGCUGCUGGACACGCUGCAGCGCUCGAGCCGCGUGCUGCUCCGCCACCUGCAGCUCCUCAACGGCGUCGCCGACAGCCUCCACCAAACCCAGGGCAGCGCUGAGUUGAGAAGCACGGUGGUGCAGCGAGCUGACCAGGACCUGCAGCGCCUGCUGGAGACCAAAGCUGAGGUGAUGCACGAGCGAGCGGUUGUGGAGAGCGACCAGCAGAAGGAGAAGACGCUUCUGCACGGCCUGCAGGAGACAGCGCGCCUCUACACACGCACUGCGCAGAGCCUUCUACACCACCUUGCCAAGAACCAGCAGCUCCUGCAGCUAUGCCCUCCUGCUGCUGCUGCAGAGACUCGAUAAACAACAUUUCUGCGUUGCAGGAAUUGUAGGAGAUGGAAGAAGAACUGCUUGCUAACUGUAGCGAUGUAUCGCUUUGCUCACGUAGAGAAAACUUCAGUGUAAAUAUACCGAACAUUGUUGAGUGCUGUGUACUCCUUAUUGGUUGUAUUUCGGUACAGUUACACUUAUUAUUACCACGUUUUUCUUAGCUCGCUUUCGUGUCUGUGAUGAUCAAA